AUGGAAACGAUUUCGAAUUACAAUGCAAUCCUCAGAAAAAAAAGCUCUCGUAAUAGUGCAAAUCAUACGGACUUUCAUAAAAGCAAAGUGCCUGCGACGAAUGAUAAACAGCUAGAACUACCUGAAGAGGAUACACACGCGCUCGUUCAAAAAGCCAGAAAAUCAAAACAAAAAGAAUUUGAAGAUAUUACUCAUUUUAGUGACGAAUUCAAACUGAAAACACGAAUUUAUAUCAUGGCAGUAGAUCCAUACAAGCAAGGUGUUUUGUUGGAGCAGCUUAUGUCUCCCGAAAAGAGUCCGGUAAGGGCACAUUCAUGCCGAACACUAUCUUGUACAGGUUUGCUCGGGAAAGCUCAUGAUAAGGGUGAAGAGGUGAGCAGUGCCGUAGCAUCCUUCAUUAUCGCCAUCGUUGUUCGGGAAGGAGGUCGAGGAGGCGAGGGGAUGGAAAAUGAUGGAUUCAAACAAAGAGAUCGAAGCACAAAGGACCACAACGACGCAGUUUUGCGUUGUCGUGGAUCUCAACGAUCAACUUACGAACCGAGUUCAUUUGACGAACUGCAUUUAGGCCUGUUUCGCUGCUUCACUCAACUUUAG